GUCGUCGCAUCUGCGGAUGGGUUCCUGUCACGGGCCGCUUGCGUGCUUGGCUAUAGUAGUAGUAUAAAAGCAUCUCCAGAUGUCCGCCAUCGUUGGUUGACAGUCACGAUAUCCCAAGUGCUUCCACAGUUCCCGCCGCUCCUUUGAUCGUCGCGUCGUCUCCGUCGCCGCACCACACAUUCGUUUGAAUCCGACUAUUUGAAUAUACCCAUCAUGAAGUUCGCCGUCCUUGCCUCGCUCGUUGCCGCUGCGCUCGCCGCGCCCGUUCCCAGCCCCGAUCAGGGCGCUCCCCAGGGCAAUGCUCCUCAGGGCAAUGCUCCCGCGGGCUAUGUCCCUCAGGGUUAUGUUCCCCAGGGCAAUGCUCCCCAGAGUAAUGCUCCUGCGGGUUAUGUUCCCCAGGGCAGCGUUCCCCAGGGCACGCCGCAGGGAGCACCACCAGCCGGCAACCCCCUAGGCGGCCUCCUCCCUCCCAUCCCCCCCAUCAACGCCAACGGCAACACCGUCACCGUCCCCGUCAACGUCCUCGGUCUGCAGACCAAGGACAACUCCUUCCUCAACGGCAACUCGGCCUCCGCCGGAGGGGGCGGCCAGCAGGGCGGCAAGCCGAACUCCGUCAACAACGGCAUCAUCCCCGUCAACACCAACAACGUGCCCGUCACCUCCACCACCACCAACAACGUCCCCGUCACCGCCAGCAACUCCACCCCCGUUCAGGGCAACGCCGCCGCCGUGCCGCCUCCGCCGACCUCGUCGUCUGCUGGCGGUGGCUUCCCCGACGUGCAGGCCCUCACCCAGGCCCUCAACGGCAUGACGGCCGCGCUCAACGGCGUGACUGGCUCCAUCAUGGCGGCGCGGGGUGGUGCUCCUCACACUCAGUGAAGAGGCACGGCCGAACACGAACGCAAAGACUUCAUCGCGAAGACAAACAAGACAAGAUAAUAAUAAUGUUCAGUCGGGAAGUUUUCAAGAACUGUUAAAGCCACCUACCAUUCGGCUGUGUACAUAUAUUUGAGCUAUAGAUUAAUGAGACAAGGAGUCAAUGUCCAUCAUCCUCAUUGGAGAGACGUCGGCCAUCACAUGUGCUAGUUUGCGUGAUUAAAUACAUGACCGUAUAUAUACCUACCUAGGUACUUGACCAACGCCGGCGCCUAUUGCCACUGCCUCUCGUCGCCUAUGCUGUCCAAUUGCUCACGCCGGCACGCCGAC